AGCCCAGUCUCUCCUGCCCUGAUGAACCAUCUCAGAUCUCUGCAAGACAGUUCUCUGACUGCCUCCACACGUCACAAACAUGAUGCUGCCUUCCAUGAGCCUGCCCAGCCUGUCCUGGAUGCUGCUGUCCUGCCUGAUGCUCCUGUCUCAGGUCCAAGGUGAAGAUUCCCCAGCAGACAUGCCCUCUGCACGGAUCAGCUGUCCCAAAGGCUCCAUGGCCUAUGCUUCCUACUGCUAUGCCUUGUUUAUAACACCCAAAACCUGGAUGGAUGCAGACAUGGCCUGCCAGAAGCGGCCCUCAGGACACCUCGCAUCUGUGCUCAGUGGGGCUGAGGCAUCCUUCGUGUCCUCCCUGAUCAAGAACAAUUUGAACGCCCUCUCAGACGUCUGGAUUGGGCUCCACGACCCCACCGAGGGCUUGGAGCCCAAUGCUGGUGGAUGGGAGUGGAGUAGCUCUGAUGUGCUCAAUUACGUUGCCUGGGAGAGAAACCCCUCCACCAGCUCAUACCCUGGCUACUGUGGGAGCCUGUCAAGAAACACAGGAUAUCUGAAAUGGAGAGAUUAUAACUGCUAUGUGAAUUUACCCUAUGUCUGCAAGUUCAAGGACUAGGUCAGAGAGGAUGUCAGCUUCCUGAUUCUGCUGCGAAGCUCCUCAUGGACUUGGAACCAAUUGUGAAAACCCAACUCGGAAUGGGAUUUUCACCCCAUGACCCCAACCUGACUACUUUCCCCUAGCUUCCCCUCCUCCCAGCCUUGUUUAGGCUUUUUGGUUUCUUCCCUAACCUGAGUUUUCCAGAUACAAUAAAAAAAAUAAUUCUUCCA